AUGAAUCCAUUGUGGAGUUGUGUUUUUUUUGUGCUGGCAGCAGUGGCUGGAGCUGUUCACGGACCACAGGAGGACUAUAGUGACUACGCCGUCUAUAGGUUCAAUUCAGCCGACCACCCUACAUUAGUGAAGGAUGUAAUCGAACCUUUGACCGAUGAUUACGAUGUAUGGACAAGAAGCAAUGAGUUUAUCGAUAUUAAAUUGCCCAAAAAAAUAGGCGAGCAGGUAAAAGAUGGCCAUGUAAUCUUAGAUGACAUGGACCAAUUAAUACAAGAUACACUGCCCACUGAACAUAUGAUGGCACGCGACCAGGCAGUUUUUGAGAGUGACUAUGAUUUCUUCUUUAAUGAAUAUAGAGACUUGGAUACCAUUUAUAUGUGGUUGGAUCUUCUGGAACGAAGCUUCCCCAAUUUGGUUAACGUUGAACAUUUGGGGAAAACGUUUGAAAACAGAGAGCUAAAAGCCCUGCAUAUAUCUGGAAACAAUCCUGAAUCCAACCCGGAAAAGAAGACAAUUGUCAUUACAGGCGGAAUACACGCCAGGGAGUGGAUUAGUGUGAGUACUGUCUGUUGGACGAUUUAUCAGUUGUUGAAUCGAUAUGGGUCUUCCAAAAAGGAAACCAAGUACCUAGACAAUUUGGACUUUUUGAUUAUACCUGUUUUUAAUCCAGAUGGAUACGCGUACACAUGGUCUCACGACAGAUUGUGGCGUAAAAAUCGUCAAAGAACUCACGUUCCCCAAUGUUUCGGGAUUGACAUUGACCAUUCUUUUGGUUUCCAAUGGGAAAAGGCUCACACUCAUGCGUGCAGCGAAGAGUAUAGUGGAGAAACUCCUUUCGAAGCUUUGGAAGCGUCUGCUUGGAACAAGUAUAUCAAUGAAACGAAAGGCGAUUACAAAAUUUAUGGUUACAUUGAUAUGCAUUCGUAUUCACAGGAAAUAUUGUAUCCCUACGCAUAUUCAUGCGAUGCCUUGCCCAGAGACUUGGAAAACCUGUUGGAAUUGUCGUAUGGCUUAUCCAAGGCCAUACGUUCAAAGUCGGGCAGAAACUACGACGUGAUUUCCGCAUGCAAGGACCGUGGCUCUGACAUAUUCCCUGGCCUUGGUGCUGGUUCUGCCUUGGAUUUUAUGUACCACCACAGGGCGCAUUGGGCGUUCCAAUUGAAAUUGAGGGACACGGGGAAUCAUGGGUUUUUACUACCCCCGGAGCACAUCAAACCUGUAGGUAAAGAGACUUAUGCGGCGUUGAAGUACUUCUGUGACUUUCUACUAGACCCAGAAAUAUAA